CCGCUCCCGCCUCCGCCCCCCGCCCGGCCACAGCGCUCCCCUCGCUCAGUCUGGCUGGCCCCAUGUUACUGAGCGGAGCUCCUCCGGCGGGCUCCGGCCCGGGGCCGCGGGCGCAGGGGAACGCCGGGGGCGGCCCAGGAGGGUCGCGCCGAGGCGCCGGGAGUGCGGGGGCCGGCCCAGGAGGGGGCGGCAGUGGCGGAGUGGCCAAGUGGCUCCGGGAGCACCUGGGCUUCCGCGGGGGAGGCGGCGGCGGAGGUGGGGGCAAGCCGGCGCCCCCAGAGCCGGACUAUCGGCCCCCCGCACCCUCUCCGGCCGCACCCCCCGCGCCACCCCCGGACAUCCUGGCCGCCUACCGGCUGCAGAGGGAACGCGACUUCGAAGAUCCCUACUCCGGGGGGCCGUCCGGCUCCGCUGUCCUCGCCACCCCAGCAGUCCCCGGCCCUACGCCGCCCCCGCGCCACGGCUCGCCCCCGCACCGCCUCAUUCGGGUCGAGACCCCUGGCCCCCCAGCACCCCCUCCGGAGGAGAGGACCUCUGGACCCCCCGCCAGCAACGACAGGAGCAUCUUGGGAGAAGCGGAGCUGCCUCUUGGAUGUCUGAAACCUGCUCUCCUCCCACAGUUGGCAAUCCUAGAAGACUAUGCGGACCCAUUUGAUGUUCAGGAAACUGGUGACGGCCCAGCAGGGGCUUCAGGAGCCCCAGAGAAGGUUCCUGAAAAUGAUGGCUACAUGGAGCCCUAUGAGGCCCAAAAGAUGAUGGCAGAGAUCCGGGGCUCCAAGGAGACAGCAGUUCAGCCCCUGCCUCUGUACGACACGCCCUAUGAGCCAGAGGAGGAGGGGACCACCCCAGAGGGUGAGGGGGCCCCCUGGCCCCGAGAGUCCCGCCUGCCCGAGGACGACGAGAGGCCGCCCGAGGAGUACGACCAGCCCUGGGAGUGGAAGAAGGAGCGGAUCUCCAGGGCCUUUGCCGCACCCCAGUGUCCAUCCCAGGCCCAGAGUCCAACAUGGAGUGUGUGUGCUGGUGGUCUGAGCAGUGGCACAAGAGUUGACAUUAAGGUCAUCAAAGACCUACCUUGGCCUCCACCAGUGGGACAGCUGGACAGCAGCCCCUCCCUGCCUGAUGGGGACAGGGGCAUCUCCGGUCCAGCCUCACCCCUCCCUGAGCCCAGCCUGGAGGACGGCAGCGCCCAGUUUGAAGGAUCUGAGAAGAGCUGCCUGUCACCUGGCCAGGAGGAGAAGGGGCGUCUACCUCCCGGACUCUCUGCAGGGAACCCCAAGGCAGCCAAGCCCAUAAAUGUGGAGCCCAGCAGCCCCCUGGGGGAGUGGACAGACCCAGCACUUCCUCUGGAAAACCAGGUCUGGUACCAUGGGGCCAUCACUCGAACAGAUGCCGAGAACCUGCUCCGGCUGUGCAAAGAAGCCAGCUACCUGGUGCGCAACAGUGAGACCAGCAAGAAUGACUUCUCCUUGUCCCUCAAGAGCAGUCAGGGUUUCAUGCACAUGAAACUGUCUCGGACCAAGGAACACAAGUAUGUGCUGGGCCAGAACAGCCCACCCUUCAGCAGCGUCCCUGAAAUCGUGCACCACUACGCCAGCCGCAAGCUGCCCAUUAAGGGGGCCGAGCACAUGUCCCUGCUCUACCCCGUGGCCAUCCGGACUCUGUAGGUGUGAGGCCUCAGCACUGUGACAGAUCUGGACGCAGCCCUGUGUCCGUCCCCCGGCUGAGGGUCGUGACCGUCCCCGGGACAUGAACUCCCUUUCUUCCUUCACCCUGGGAUCUAGUGCAAGCUGGAGAUUUAAAUUAUUCUAAAGCGGAAGGGCUACCGGGGACUUAGAAUAAGUUGUCUGGAGCUGGGGAUAGAGAAAUCCCCGGGAAGAAGGGCUAGCUACUAGAGAAGGGGGCUUCAGAACGGCUGGUCUCCUGGAGUUUAAGAUCAGCAGCCCAGCCCCUUUCGGUCCCUAGGGCACAGGUGGCGAUUGCCUUCCCCACCGGCCUCAUUCCGCCGGUCAGUGCGGGGUGGGGUAGGACGCGGGCCCGCUGGGCGCGCGUACCACCUCUCCGCCUCCACCCCCAAACCACCGGCGGGCUCCGCCCAGAGUCUGGUGCGGGGCUUGGGGAAGGCGGACCCCUGGAAUGGAGACAGCAUUGGGGUUGGGAGAGGAUGGGAAGGGCUCGGGCCGGAGGGAAGCUGUGCAGUCCCCAGGCCGCCCCGGCUCCCGGCCAGAGGCAAUAAAUAAACUCAGUCCAGCCAG